AUGGAACAACGCAAAAACCAGUAAUCAAUCGUGAAUCAGAAAAUAUAAUAAAAGACUUAUUAGAAAACCUUCAAGAAGAUUUGGAUGUUAUUAAAGAUAAGCUUUGUGAUCCAGUUUCAUGUGAAAAAAUGACACCUGAAUUAUGGCGAAAAUAUCAAAUAGCAAAAAAAUGUUGGGGAUGUGAAGAAAAUUUACAUGAAGCUGGAUAUAAUAAAAUUCGUGUAUUCGAUCCUGAAACUAAAAAAUACUUGGGCGCUUCACAUAGAAAAUGUCAUGGAAAAGGAUUAAUGAUUAAAGAUGAGGGGAAAAAUAGAGUAAUAGAUCAUGAUCAUAUUACAGGAAAGUUUCGCGGAGCAAUGCAUAGUAGUUGUAAUCUCAAGUUACGAAUCGAUCCAGAAACAAUAAAAAUUCCG